AGACAAGUUUUCUGGACGUGUAACAGAUGCAGAAAAAGUUUUCAGUGUUGAUCAAGUAUUUUUACAAUGAAAAGUGUCUAUAUUAAUCCCAACAAUAAUCAUAAGUGAGAUCUGCAGUAACAGCCACAUAAAAAUCAAGUACAUCUGUAAAAUUGUGUUGUGAAUUUCCUCUGUCAAGUGAAAACUAUGUACAAAAUGCUACACACGUGACACUCAAAGAAAAUACGUGAUUCUUUGUUCAGAACCUUUUAAUUAGUUAUAAACAAUCAGCUCAGUUUGGUUUUUUGCAUUAUUUUUUAAGCACAUUUCAAGAUGGAAAUAAGCUCAUACGCAACUCAAAAGAAACGGCUACGAAAACAUGGGCCUCUGAAAACAGGGGGACCAGAUGAUUCAAUUUACACCUGUGAUUUGCAACUUUACAAAGAACCACCAGAUGGUCAAAUUCCCCUUACUGAAUUUCAAGAAUUGGGAUUGGAAAGAUUGAAAGUUCUGCAAACGGUGGAUUCAGUUUCCGUGCAAGAUAAUAAAACGCUCGAGGAUUUCAAAAACAAUCUCGAGAGCGCAUUGAGAAAAGAGCACAGCGACUAUGCAAAAUUGUUGCAGAGCCCAGGCAAUUUUUGCUCAAUUGAAGCAAGAAGAAGAGAUCACAUUUCUCAUUUUAUUCUCCGGCUUGCCUAUUGUCAAACCGAGGACUUGAAAAAUUGGUUCAUUGCUAAAGAGGUCGAGUUUUUCAAGUUGAGAUUCACCUCUUUAGCUCCAGGAAGUAUUAAACAAAUUUUAGCAACAAACGAUUUCGACUUUUCUCAAGUUUCAGAUGAAGAAAAAGACGAAUUGAGAGGAAAACUUUAUUCCACGAAGGAAAUCGAUUACAGCACAGAUUUCUACAAAUUACCUUUUGAAAAUGUAACUGAUUUGGUUAAGGACAGAAAAGUUUUCAUCAAAAAUGGUAGUGCUUAUGUGCCACAUCAUGAUCUAAUUUCGGUAAUUCUUGUCAUUUACAAAGAACAUUUGACAAAAAUGAUGGAGAUCGCAAAGGAGUAUUUAGAAAAUAUGUCAUCAGACGACAGACUCAUAAAUUUCCUAAAAAGCCUUCCUCAGUCCUUUUCCGGAAUGACAAAGGCCGUCUGGUCCACGGAAACAACGCCCAUCGCUAUGUUAGACGACCUCUCAAAAAUUUCUUAUCCGCUCUGCAUGAGAACGCUUCACGAAGCUUUGAGAAGAGAUCACCACCUGAAGCACGGUGCUCGUCAGCAAUAUGGUCUAUUUUUGAAGGGCAUUGGAGUCAGUUUGGAUGACGCAAUGGUCUUCUGGAAACAGGAGUUUCUCCAGAAAAUCGACGAGGAUACUUUCCAUAAACGAUACCGCUACAAUAUUCGACACAACUACGGAAAAGAGGGCAAGCAGACAAAUUAUACGCCUUACGGAUGCACCAAAAUUAUAACCGAAAUGGUCGGUGCUGGAGAAUUUCAUGGCUGUCCUUACAAACAAAUGUCGAAAGAUAUUUUGAAGUCCAAAUUGAUUUCCUACGGAAUGCGCGCUGAAAAUGUAAAUGAGAUCGCAGAUCUAGCAGCUGGCGGACACUACAAUCUAGCCUGCCAGAAAUAUUUCGAGAUCGCUCACAAGCGUCCACCAGGAAAACCGCUUCUUCAUCCCAAUGCCUAUUUUGCCGAAAGUCGAGAAAUUCUCACCAAAGACACCAAAAAUGAACCUAGUGACAAAGAGGCAGAAAAAUUGACACAAAGUGUUAAAGUGAAAGCCGAAAAUGUGUCGGUGAAAGACUCGCCGAAGCCGAAAGAAGCAGUAAAAGAUGAAUUUACAGCAGAAGACAUAAACGAGGACGAAUUAAUGGAAAUGUUGGAGACCUACAAGUCAUAACAAAUCCCUAAUUUAUUGUACAGAAUCGUAAAGUUUUUUUUUGAUAAGCAAUUUUUCUACAAACGAGUUUCGCGGACUAAAUUAUAAAUUUAGAAGCUAGGGUUAAGAAAAGUGGGUGAGUCACUCAAAUCUUUGUAAUAUCUCAUUAAAAUUUAUUGGAAAAAAGGGAA